AUGCGCUCAACUCAGGCACUCGCCCUAGCCCUCGCCCUUGUCCCGUUGGCUUCGGCCAUCAAUAUCAUCUCGUCUAAUGACGACGGGUGGGCGGAGAUCAAUAUUAGGCAGCUGUUCAGCACCCUGACGUCUGCUGGUCAUUCGGUCGUCCUGUCCGCCCCAGCAGAGAACAAGUCCGGCUCUGGCAUGUCUGCCUGGGACUUGACCCGCCAGAAGACACCAGCUAACCAAACCAGCUGCCCAGCUGACAGUGGUUCCUACGGGUCCAAUGAAACAGACCCGCGCCUUAAUUGGGUGAAUUCGUACCCCGUCACCUCCAUCGCGUACGGCAUCGACACUCUGUCGCCGCAAUUCUUCGACGGACCGCCUGACCUCGCCGUUUCCGGGCCCAACGUCGGCAGCAACCUCGGUCUUGCAGUCUAUAUCGCUGGAACAGUUGGCGCUGCAAACUAUGCCGCCACUACUGGUGGGAUUCCUGCGAUCGCGUUUUCAGGGGCAGACGGGUCUUCCACGGCGUGGGAUGCCGAAGUGCCCGCCUACAGCAGCAUCUACGCAGAACUCGCGGCAAAGGUAGUUGAGCGAGUCGUGAGCGGGGGCACGCCGUACCUCCCCGAUGAUGUUUGGCUGAAUGUCAACUUCCCGAGCGUCGAGGGGUGCAACACCGCCAACGACUUUAGCUUCGUCCUUUCCCGGAUUCUUACGGCACUUCCGCUGGUUACGGAUGAUGAUGUUGAGACAUGCGGGUCGACUCGCCUGCCAACGGAGAAUGAUGUUGUGGACACGGACGGAUGCUAUGUUAGUAUCUCGGUGGGGGCCGCUGAUAAGUCAGAUGCGGAUGCAACGUUGCAGGGGAUUGUGCUGGAAAAAUUGGGUGAUUUGUUGACUUGCUUGCCGUAG